AUGGUUUCACACUUUGUUGCCAAAGGACGAACUGAGGAAGAAGCCAAGAAGAAUAUGUUUUUGAUGGACAGAUACGGUUUGUUGAAGGAGUCGCUCGCUGAUAAGAUGACUCUGGGUCAGAAAAGUUUCAUGGUGCCAGAUGCUGAUUGGGAAGGCGUCGACACCACUUCUUUGCUCGAAGUUGUUAAAGCUAUUAAGCCCCAUAUCCUCAUUGGCUGUUCGACUAGAGCUGGCGCCUUUACGGAAGACAUUGUAAAGGAGAUGGCCAAGCAUGUAGAGCGUCCCAUCAUUCUCCCUCUCAGUAACCCCACCAGACUGCACGAGGCAGUUCCUGCUGAUUUGAUCAAAUGGACAGACGGCAAGGCCCUUGUAGCCACCGGUUCGCCAUUCCCACCCGUCGACGGAGUAAGUUACACCCGACCCCCCACGCAACGACUUGAGCGAAGCGAGAGGAGCCACGGGGUCUGGGGCAGAGCCCCAGCCGCCGGAGGCACUUCCACCCCAGCAAGUUUACUAACCAUGAAAGCGUGUCAUUUCCGAGAACAAUAA